UCGGAAUGUUCGAUAUUGCGAAGAAAAUGUGAGAUUUCUUCUAGAAUCUAUUAUUUCAUUUCCAGGGCGAAAUGAAGUGUUCACUAAGGGAGUUGGUGGGACUCCAGUUUCUUCUAUUGGAGGAACACGGGCUAGGCUGUCCUCCUCCCCUUCCCUUAGAUUGGGUCGUCAGCUUCCCUUGACCCCUCCCACCCGUCGGCGGUCAGAACAACCUAAUGGCCGCCGAAAAGAUGAAUCCCCCGGCCGGAGUUCUGAACCCCUUGUCUCCAGUCGGAGGGUCCGGCAGCCGUUGAACAAGAGAUUGGAGAUGGCGUUGAAUAAGUUUACUGAUAUAGCUCUUCCAUUUCAUCUUAAUCUUAUAGAUAACCAUAGGAACAAUAUCGUUCAGUUGCAACAGAAUGGAGGUGGAUUGGAGAAGCUCAGGGCGGAAGUGGAGGCAGCUAGUAGAGCUGUUAGGCAGCUAGGAUCCCUCCUCUUUGAAAUGGAGGUUCUAAAAUCCUACCUGGAGACUGGUGCAGAUAUCCUCUAUUUUGAUCUCCGAGUUGAACCUGCAAAGAAGACAGCAUAUCACGCUAUACAGGAGCUACAUGAGAUUUGUCCAAACUCCUCAACAAAUUACUCUGGCAUAUCCGCUGGUUCCUCUAAAAGGUCGUCAUCACUAACAAUUUGUGCCAAAACUCCAGAUUCGCCACAAGAUUUUCCAAACAGCAGGAGACAUUCGGACAGUGAAACUCAGUCCGUGAGUUCUCACACCUACUCCUUGAACGGGGACUCCAGGGAGUCCUUACUCUCACAUAGGAGUAGGAGUAUACAGGUAUACCAGGGAGUCCUUACACAGGAGUAG